CUGUGCUAAAAGGUUCCAUUCCAUUUCCAUGCUCACAUAGCCCUAUAUUACCACCACCACCACCAUCACUCUCUUGUUUCAAAGGCUCAGAAUUCAGAUACUUAAUUACUUGCUAUUCAAAACUAAAUUAACUUUUUUGAAUGGCUGGGAUUUGCUGUGGUGUCGUCGGGGAGGGAGAGGCCGCUGCUGCGGCGACCUCUCGACCUUCCCGAAGACGGAGUUUAGACCUCCUCCCGGGGUUUAAAUACCUCGCGGAUGUCGCCCUCCCGCUUCCGGAAACUUCCCGGAAACGCACAAGACUAGAUCUCUGCGCCGCCCCGAGGGACGGCGAAGAUGAAUUCACCAGCGGCUCCUCCAAAAAGGUGAAGGAAUCCAAGGGAAACAACGACGACGUCGUUUUGAAACCGAAACAGUCCACCGUUUCUUCUUCUUCAACGGAGGGGAAUUUUGAAGCUGAAGAGUGUCCGAAAUUCGGAGUCACUUCUGUCUGUGGCAGGAGAAGGGACAUGGAAGAUUCAGUCUCGGUUCGCCCUUCGUUCUCCGAGAGGGAAAACUUCCACUACUUCGGCGUUUUCGACGGGCACGGUUGCUCUCAUGUUGCGACGAUGUGCAAGGAGAGGCUUCACGAAAUCGUGAAGGAAGAGGUUGAUUUUGCGCCGGAGAAUCUAUCAUGGAGAACCACGAUGAAGCAAGGCUUCGCUCGCAUGGACGAUGAGGUUCAGAGAUGGACGAGCCAGAGCAACGACACCACCAUCACCUGCAGAUGCGAGCUUCAAACCCCUCACUGCGACGCCGUCGGUUCCACCGCCGUCGUCGCCGUGGUCACGCCGGAGAAAAUCAUCGUCUCAAACUGCGGUGACUCCCGCGCUGUUCUCUGCCGUAAAGGCGUCGCCAUCCCCCUCUCCGACGACCACAAGCCUGACCGACCCGAUGAAUUGAUCCGGGUCCAAGCCGCUGGAGGGCGCGUGAUCUAUUGGGACGGACCGCGCGUGCUUGGGGUUCUAGCCAUGUCAAGAGCCAUAGGUGACAAUUAUCUGAAGCCUUACGUGAUCUCCGAGCCGGAGGUAACGGUGACGGAUCGGACGGACGAGGAUGAGUGUUUGAUACUAGCGAGUGAUGGAUUGUGGGAUGUGGUGUCAAACGACACCGCAUGUGGGGUGGUGAGGAUGUGUCUCAAGGCGCAGAAGCAGCUGUCGCCGCCGGGAUCACCCUAUGAGGACGUGGCGGCCGACGGUUCGGACCGCGCGUGCUCCGAUGCGUCCAUUCUGUUGACCAAGUUGGCGCUGGCGAGGCAUAGUUCGGAUAACGUGAGUGUGGUGGUGGUUGAUUUGAGGAGAGAUCAAAGAAAAUCAUCCAAUUCCAACAUCAAUGAAUGAUAUGAUCUAGUGAGAAAUUAAGCUACAUGGACAAGUCACAAGGGGUUUUGGCUUUUUGCUUAAUCAAUGUGAUUUUAGGGAGUGAGGAAGAAAAUUGUUAUUCUGGGAAAUGCAAAAAAAAAAAAAAAUUAUAGGAAAAUUUUAGUGUAGGUAAAUUUUGUGUCAACAAAGGAAUUAAUCAGCCGGUUGACACGCUUUUCUUUUUUGUUCAUAAUCGAAAAAAUUGGAUUCUGCUUUGGUUCGUCAAA